AGUAUGAGGUGGUGCGUGAUAUCUACGACAACUGCAUCACGGUUUGUAACAUGGAGAACUUUGACCCGAUGGGUAUUCAUACCGGUGAAUCCAUCGUUGUUGCCCCCUCACAGACGUUGACGAACGAUGAGUACCACAUGUUGCGGAGUGCAUCUAUUAAAAUCAUUCGUCAUCUUGGUAUUGUUGGCGAAUGCAACAUCCAAUACGGUCUUGAUCCCAGUUCACACCGCUAUGUUGUAAUUGAGGUUAAUGCACGUCUUUCUCGUUCCUCCGCCUUGGCAUCAAAGGCAACAGGAUACCCACUUGCACUCGUUGCGGCAAAGAUUGCUCUUGGCAAAGGCCUUUUUGAGAUUGCGAAUGGGGUCACCAAGACAACAAUGGCGUGCUUUGAGCCGAGCUUGGAUUACAUCGUCGUGAAAGUUCCACGCUGGGAUCUCAGCAAGUUCAACAUGGUGAGUCAGAACAUUGGUUCUAUGAUGAAGAGUGUGGGUGAGGUGAUGGCGAUUGGUCGCACCUUUGAGGAGGCACUGCAAAAGGCACUACGCAUGGUGGAUCCGUCACAUACGGGCUUUGAUGUCCCUCCAAGACUGGAGGCAAAGAAGAAUUGGGAUUAUAUGCAAGAUUUGAAGGUCCCUACACCAGACCGCAUCUUUGCGAUUUGCCGAGCCCUCCAUGAGGGUGUUUCCGUGGAGACGAUACAUGAGAUGACAAGGAUUAAUUUAUUUUUUCUUAAUAAGCUGCAUAAACUUAUUUUGUUACAGAAUCAUAUGUUACAACAAUAUAAGGGGAAGAUGAAUACCAUGCCACGUGAUUACCUUUUGAAAAUGAAAGCAAAUGGUUUCAGUGAUGCUCAGAUUGCAAAGUAUUUUUUGUGUACGGCGGAUGAUGUGCGUGAAAGGCGUAUGGAAUUGAAAAUCACACCGAAAGUUAAGCAAAUUGAUACCGUGGCCGGUGAGAUCCCUGCUUCUCAGUGCGGUUUUUUGUAUACCAGCUACAACGCAUACCACGAUGAUGUGGAAUUUACAGAACGUAUGUAUGCUGUUCUUGGCUGCGGUGUUUACAGGAUUGGUAACAGUGUGGAAUUUGAUUACGGCGGUGUCCUUGUCGCACGGGAACUGCGUCGACUUGGUAAGAAGGUGAUUCUGAUUAACUAUAACCCUGAAACUGUCUCCACCGACUACGAUGAGUGUGAUCGUCUGUACUUUGAGGAGGUCUCUGAGGAGACGGUGCUUGAUAUUUUGCUGAAGGAGCGUAUUCAAGGCGUUGUCAUCUCACUUGGUGGACAAAUUGUGCAAAACAUGGCACUACGUCUCAAGCAGCAUGGCCUCCCGAUUCUCGGUACCGAUCCUGUCAAUGUCGACAAGGCGGAAAACCGCCACAAGUUUUCCAAAAUGUGUGACGAGCUCGGUGUACUGCAGCCGGAGUGGAUUCUUUCUACAAGUGUAGAGCAGGUGCAUGAAUUUUGUAAACAGGUUGGCUUCCCUACUCUUGUGCGACCGAGUUAUGUCCUGAGCGGAUCCGCGAUGGCCGUUAUUGCGAGUGCGGCGGACAUUAACCGUUAUCUUGAAGAGGCAGCCCUUGUCUCUGGGGAACAUCCUGUUGUUGUCAGCAAGUACUACGAGGGGGCGAUGGAGUACGAUGUUGACAUCGUUGCCCACCAUGGUCGAGUGCUCUGUUACGCCAUUUGUGAGCACGUGGAGAAUGCUGGUGUCCACUCGGGCGACGCAACGAUGUUUUUACCACCACAGAACACGGAGAAGGAAGUAAUGAAACGCAUCUACAACACCACCGCACUUAUUGCGGAGGAGCUUGACGUUGUUGGUCCCAUGAAUAUUCAAUUUCUUUUCACGAAGGAUAAACAACUGCGUGUGAUUGAGGCAAACAUUCGAAGCUCGCGUUCUGUUCCAUUUGUCUCAAAGACGCUUGGCAUAUCAUUUCCCGCCGUGAUGGUGUCGGCAUUUCUCUCUCAACACGACUCCAACCUUGUGCCGAUCAAACGUGCGAGGAUGACACACAUUGGCUGCAAGGCAUCUGUGUUCUCAUUUAAUCGCCUCGCCGGUGCGGACCCUAUUCUUGGGGUGGAGAUGGCGUCCACGGGCGAGAUUGGCGUUUUUGGGCGCGACAAGAAGGAGGUGUUCCUCAAAGCGAUGCUCUGCCAGAACUUCCGGUAUCCACAGCGUGGUGUGUUUAUCAGCUGCGAUGUGGACGCAAUGGCAGAGGACCUCUGCCCCUACUUUGAGCGCAUCGCGCAUCGAUUUCCCGUCUUUACCUCGAAGCAGACCUCACGCGUGCUGGCAGAUUAUGGCAUUCCACACACCGUCCUGACGCAGCGUCAUGAGGACAGCGAGCCAACAUUUGAUACGGCGGUCGCUGUAAAGGAAAAGUUUGAUCUUGUCAUUCAGCUUCGUGAUAAGCGUCAGGACUUUAUGCUUCGGCGUUGCACGCAGGAGAAUGCCACGCCCGACUAUUGGAUUCGGCGACUUGCGGUGGAUUACAAUCACUCCCUGCUUACGGAGCCCAAUGUGGUGCGCAUGUUCUGUGAGACUCUUGAUGUGGAUGUGAAAGAGAUUGAGAUUGAACCCUUUCGCCACUACGUUCCACGAGUCUAUAACAAAAUGGAGAAUGACAAUUACACCAUGCUGCACCGCCACAAGGUCGGUCUGUGUAUCACCUCCACGAAUGACAGUAAAGUGCUUGCGAUCAGUCUGAGGGAGGAGAAAAUUGCACUGACAUGUUUCCACGCAUGCCUUGGUGGCAUAAAAAACAACAGUGAGGAGAUUGCCGAACAAUUCCGCUCGAUUGGAGUACCAGUAGAGCUCAUCGACCUCCGCACUGAGAUGGCAGAGCUUGGGUUUGACAUGGUGAUGGCUAUGGUUGACGAUGACACGAACAACUGGCACCUGCAGAAGCUAAGCUUGCAUGUUAUGGGUUUGUAUUUGCUUCAGGCCAUGCGGAUGCGCCAUAUGACGGUUGUGGCACAAAGUUCUUCUCGGGGAAAGAAGGAUCUGAACUUUGAGCGAUAUGUUCGCACUUUUUUCCCACAAAUGGGCGUCUACAACCCAUGGCGUGAUCCAAGUCUACUGGACCAGUUCCCCAGCGAGGCCCACAAGGUUGCCUUUUUGCGCAUGCACGGGGUGGAGGCCAGAAUCGCCCAAGUUGAGUCACACAGCAGUGUGUGCGGCAUCACGUAUACUUUUUCAGAUACGCGUAGCAUGCCAACGCCGCAGAUGGUGCGCCCAUUGCGGGAUUGCCUCUCUGUGCCGGAGUUCUGUUCUCUCACCUUUCGCAGUGCUCGAUGCACCAAUAUCAACAGAACAGAGGUGACUCCGCUGCAGGCACUUCAAAUGGCGAAUGAGAUUGCUGGCCGCAAUGGAAUUGGGUUGGUGCGUACGCGCGAAGGGGUUAUGUACGAGACGCCUGGCAUGACGAUGCUUUCAAAGGCUCUUCGCUUCUUGUACGAUGUCUGUUUUGACCGCGGCGCGGCAGACAUGUUCCGCUUGUACUCGGGCCACCUGGCAUCACAGCUGGCAACGCAGGGCCUGAUGGAGCGACAUACGCAGUCCGCGCUGGAGGCUAUUCGCUACCUCACAAACGAAGUGGACGGUGUUGUAGAAGUUGAGCUGAAUCAGGGUGAAGUCAUUUUCUUGAAAGUGUCACACGUGAGAAAGCCAGCGAAGAAGCGUGUGGUGAAGCUCAUGACGGAGGAGGAGCUGGAAGAUGUAUUCCAACCCGGCAAUGGCUCCUUCAGCGACGUUCAGUGGUGA